AUGGCGACUGCUGCUUCCUCGUCGUCACCCCGGGAGCGCCGCCCCUCGACGAGCGCUCCGCUUGCUGACCUGAAGGGUCCCGUUGGGCCUGCGAACUUCACUCGCCCCAAGCACAAGAGGACCGUGACCGGUUUCGGUCCCAGCGAAAUCAAGGCUGUUGAGAACAGCAUCCCAGAGCCCCAGCGUGAGGCUUGGAGGAAAUUCAUGCCCAAGCCUUUCUCUACAUCGGACGAAUUCAACAAAGAGACUGUACGUCACAUUGAGACUACCCUCGCUCGUUCGCUGUUCAACUGCGAUGAAUCGGCUGCGUACGCUGGAACCGCCCUGGCGUUCAGGGAUCGUCUGGUUUUGGAUUGGAACAAGACACAACAGAGCCAGACGUUUGCUGACCAGAAGCGCGUAUACUAUCUGUCCCUGGAGUUUCUGAUGGGACGAGCUCUAGAUAAUGCUAUGCUCAACGUUGAGCAGAAGGAUAUUGCUACUAAGGGUCUCUCCGACCUUGGUUUCCGUAUGGAGGAUGUCGUUUCUCAAGAGCAUGACGCUGCUCUUGGUAACGGUGGUCUCGGACGCCUUGCCGCCUGCUUCCUCGAUUCUAUGGCUUCCUUGAACUACCCGGCUUGGGGCUACGGACUGCGAUACCGAUACGGUAUCUUCAAGCAGGAGAUUGUCGACGGUUACCAGGUCGAAGUCCCUGACUACUGGCUCGACUUCAACCCGUGGGAGUUCCAGAGACACGACAUUACAGUUGAUAUCCAGUUCUACGGUCACGUAAAUCGCUGGCAAGACGACGAGGGCAAGCAGCAGUGCUCUUGGGAGGGCGGCGAGAUUGUACAGGCUGUAGCUUACGAUGUCCCGGUUCCUGGCUACAAGACUGGCACAUGCAACAACCUCCGUCUCUGGGGUAGCAAGGCUGCCAGCGGUGAGUUUGACUUCCAGAAGUUCAACUCUGGCGAGUACGAGAGCUCAGUGGCAGAUCAGCAGCGUGCUGAGACUAUCUCUGCUGUUCUGUACCCCAACGACAACCUCGAGCGCGGAAAGGAGCUUCGUCUUAAGCAGCAAUACUUCUGGUGCGCCGCAUCGCUCUACGACAUCGUUCGCCGUUUCAAAAAGAGCAAGCGCGCGUGGAGCGAGUUUCCUAACCAGGUCGCUAUCCAGCUAAAUGACACCCACCCGACUCUGGCCAUUCCUGAACUUCUGAGGAUAUUGGUCGAUAUUGAGGGUCUGGACUGGGAUGAUGCGUGGAACAUCGUGCAGAAGACUUUCGGCUACACUAACCACACGGUCCUCCCUGAGGCGCUCGAGAAGUGGUCUGUUCCUCUGAUGCAGCAUCUCCUCCCCCGCCAUCUCCAAGUAAGUUUGAAUUCUCCAGGCCAAUAUCAAGUCGCUGACUGUCUCCACGAUAAUUUAUGA